AUGAUUGGUAGAAGGGCGUAUGGCACGCGACUGGCGGGUCAAAAGUUCAAGCUGCUACCCGAAUACAAGCUCAGGUGCGGACUCGAAAUACACACUCAGCUGUGCACCGCGAACAAGCUCUUCUCGGCAUCGACCAACAGUCCUUUUGCCGCGGCAGACAAGCCCAAUUACCACACGUCGUACUUCGAUGUGUCGCUUCCUGGAACGCAACCUCUGUUCAACCACGAGGUCUUGCUUUUGGCCACCAAACUGUCGAUCGCAUUGAACUGUGAUGUCAACUUGAACUCUCAAUUUGAUCGCAAACACUACUUCUACGGAGAUCAGCCACUAGGUUAUCAAAUCACACAACACUACAGCCCAUUUGCGUCUAAUGGAUUUCUGAGGCUCAGAAGUAUAUUUGACGACAUCGAUCAGGAUUCAAAGAUAAUUGAAAUUCAGCAACUGCAAAUUGAACAGGAUACCGGUAAAUCAGUGUACAAAGAGCAAGACAGCAAGUCCCUUAUAGAUUUCAACCGCUCAAAUGUACCGUUAAUAGAGAUGGUGACAAGACCGGACUUUACAGAUUUGAAGCAGAUUCGCUCUUUUCUAAAGAAAUAUCAGAAUUUGGUGAGGCAUCUCGGAGUUUCUACCGGGGAUUUAGAGACUGGUGCUAUGCGUGUUGAUGUGAAUAUUUCCGUCAACGACUAUGCUCGUGUUGAACUGAAGAAUUUGCCGAACACGAGCUCCAUUUUCAAUGCAAUCAAGUUCGAAUAUCAAAGACAUGUAGACAUCAUUCGCAAUGGUGAUGCAGAAGAAACGUUAACACACUCACAGACACGUGGUUGGAAUGGCUCUUCUACUGUGAAGCUAAGAAGCAAAGAAACAACCAUCGACUACAGAUACAUGCCUGAUCCCGAACUGCCUCGAAUUACUCUUGCCGAAGAUUUUGUGCCUGGUGUAUCCCAAUUAAUGCCGGAACUGCCUGAUCAGGUUCUUGAAAGACUAAUGUCAGCUCCAUAUAGUUUAUCGCUAAAAGACGCCAAGAUUCUCACUAUCAACAGCAAUAGUCAUGACCAACUUUACACUCAGCAUCAAUUGCAACAAUUUUACCUUGAUACGUUUAAAAUGUAUCAGCAGCAGGCAGGCGAGUCCUUCAAUCACAAGCUUCCCACAAACUGGAUCAUUCACGAGCUUCUAGGAAAUAUGAAUAAAUUAGAGAUUUACCUCGAAAAAGUAGUCGAAAUACUCCCUCCUGAAGAGUUCAGCAAUCUGCUCAUGUUCAUACAUGAAGGCAAAGUAUCCAAAGCAAGCGCGAAGCUGCUUCUUUUCCAUAUUCUGAAUAGCUUCAAAGAAUCAAAUUUUAAGAGCACGUCUUCUUUGGACUUGAGCUCUCUCAUCAAGGAAUUUGAACUAGACGCCAUAGAAGUUGUACCUCAAGAAGAUCUAAGACAGAUUUGCCAAGGGAUUAUCGAUGAUCUCGGAGAUGACAACAUGAUCAAGGGCAUAAUAUCUGGCAAGAAAAAGAACUCUCUCAAAUAUCUAGUCGGCCAGGGAAUGCGGUUAUCCCAAGGUCGCAUUAAGCCCCAUCUAUUUGAGAGCACGUUUAAGGAUAUCUUAGGCGUUAAAUGGUAA